AUGCAGAAUGUGUACAAUAUAUUUCGACAAGGCCAGAAAAGGACCUAUAUGACAACUGCACUAGAUAGAAAAAUAAGGGAAGUUCCUUAUCUUUCUCGUUAUGUUAUAUUAGAAAAGCUUAAAAAGAAACCUCGAUAUAUGUCUGAAUGCAUUGGAACUCCAAGGAGAGCUUAUGAUUACAAUACCUUUGAUAAGAUAAGAUAUAAACCAACAUUUAAUCCUUAUGUUCACUUGAAUAAAGAUAAAAAAUAUAGAUUAGAUAAUUGGAAGUCCAGAGACCAUGAACAUUUUGAUCCUUUAAAAUGUUAUGUAAGAGGAAGCAGAAAAAGUUAUGAU